AUGCGAAACCAGUCGCCUGGCACGGCACUGCGCUUCUACCGCGCGCGGACGCCCAUUUCGACGCGCUACAGCAGCUCCAGCAAGGCCAAGACACCGCCGCCGCUCCCAAAGUGCUUCCAGACGCGACAUCCCGUGAGCUAUCCGCCGGUCAGCAUGAUCCCCGCGAACGCGCGCCAGCCCGUCGACUACGCGGCCGGCGGCCGUACGCAUGCGGCGUCCUCAUCACUUCGCGUCGAUGGCGUCGCGGGAGGCCCCACAGUCGCGGAAGCGUCAGCGCCCCCGCGACGUCGCCUCCGCCGCAGGCUUCCAGAAACAGACGGACGCGACCGGCCGCGAGUACCUCGUCGACAAGCUCACCGGCGCGUGGACGCCCGUCGCCGAGCUCACGAACAACGCCCCCGUGUCGCCCCUCCGCAACGACGAGGACGCGGCCAUGCCGACGCGGCCGAGCGCCUGCCACCCGUCCGCGACGACGUCUCAUAAAAAGCGCGGCCGCGACGAGAUGGGGCCGUUCCGCACGGGCAAACCCGCCGACGACGACACGUCCAUCGUCUCGUCGGAAAACUCCCAGAAGUCGCUGCACGACGAGGUCGCGCAGUUAAGGGCGCGCCUCGAUGCUGUGGAGCGGCGCACGGCGGCCGAUUUACUCGCAAUGGAGACGGUCAUCUCCUGGCUCAAGGACAACAACGACCGCACUCAGGCGUCGCUGGAGUCGCUGGCGCGCGGCGUGACGCCCUAG